UCAGUGGUCAUCAUCUUCAGAGAUCUUCUUCCUUGAAAUAAAAAUAAUAUUUGCUUGUUGCGCUUGUCAUCUGACUCAGUAAAUUACUUCUCCUCUCUGUUGCGUGUUAUGGCGGUGUGCUCAGAGAAAGAAGAUUUCUUGGAGGAGUUCGGCCAGGAUUACGGCUAUCCAAAUGCCCCUCGAAAUAUAGAUCAGAUUAGAGCCACCGAGUUCAAGCGUUUGGAUGGUGUUGUGCAUUUGGAUCAUGCCGGAGCUACUCUCUACUCGGAAUCUCAAAUGGAAGCAAUUCUCAAACAACUAAAUUCUACUGUUUAUGGAAAUCCUCAUAGCCAAAGCAGCUGCAGCUUGAGUAGUAGUGACUGUGUUCAAAAAGCCCGGCAGCAGGUGCUUGACUUCUUUAAUGCAUCCCCAAGUGAGUACAGUUGCAUAUUUACUUCUGGGGCAACAGCGGCUCUGAAGCUUGUCGGGGAGACCUUUCCAUGGUGCAAUCAGAGCAGUUUUAUGUAUACAAUGGAGAACCAUAACAGUGUACUUGGGAUUAGAGAAUAUGCACUCAGAAAGGGAGCUGCAGCAUUUGCUAUAGAUGUUGAAGAUACUGAUAGUAAUGUCAACUCACAAAGCCAUCAAUCUGCCUUUAAAAUCUCACACAACCCUGUGCAAAGAAGAAGUGAAGCUGGAAUGCUAAAAGAAGGAUCAGCAGGAAAUAUUUACAACUUAUUUGCUUUUCCGUCUGAGUGCAACUUUUCGGGUAAAAAGUUCAACCUUGACCUGGUGAAUAUUGUGAAGGAAGAUUCAGAGAGUAUCUUGGACAGCUCUCUGUCUCAAAGAGGCCACUGGCUUGUUCUGAUUGAUGCUGCUAAAGGAUGUGCAACAGACCCGCCAGAUUUGACCAAGUACAAGGCAGACUUUCUCGUCAUCUCAUUCUACAAGAUGUUUGGGUACCCAACUGGCCUUGGUGCACUAAUUGUUAAAAAUGAAGCUGCAAAACUACUAAGGAAGGCCUACUUUGGUGGAGGCACCGUUGCUGCUGCUAUUGCUGACAUAGACUUCUUUAAAAGGAGAGCAGGUGUUGAGGAGUUCUUUGAGGAUGGAACAGUAUCAUUCUUGAGCAUAGCAUCAAUUCAUCAUGGAUUCAGAGUACUCAAUACUUUAACCAUGUCUUCUGUAUCCCGGCACACAGCAUCACUGGCAACCUAUGUGAGGAAAACACUCUUGGCUUUAAGGCACAAAAAUGGAGAACAUGUUUGUACAAUUUAUGGAGUAAACACUCCAGAGAUAUUACCUGGUAAAGUGGGUCCAAUAGUUUCAUUCAACCUAAAAAGACCAGAUGGGACAUGGUAUGGUUAUCGUGAAGUGGAAAAUUUGGCAUCUUUGGCAGGAAUUCAGCUACGGACAGGAUGCUUUUGCAAUCCUGGUGCCUGUGCAAAGUACCUUGGUUUAUCACAUGCAGAUCUUCUUUCAAAUAUUGAGGCUGGGCAUGUUUGCUGGGAUGAUCAAGAUAUUUUAAAUGGAAAACCGACUGGUGCUGUUAGAAUAUCCUUUGGUUACAUGUCUACAUUUGAAGAUGCCAGGAGAUUCAUUGAUUUCAUUGAGAGGUCAUUCAUCUCAUUUCCUUCAAAUGGGUGUGCUUUAAGAGCGAGAUCUGUUCCCCCUUUAAUCAAAGGAACUGAAAAGACCACACCUCUGUACUUCCUCAAAUUUAUUACGGUUUAUCCAAUAAAGUCAUGUACAGGUUUUGGUGCUGAUCAUUGGCCCUUGACAAGCACAGGUCUACUGCAUGAUAGAGAGUGGCUUCUUAGGAGUGCCAGUGGUGAAAUCCUUACACAAAAGAAGAUUCCAGAAAUGUGCAAUAUCAAAACAUUGAUUGAUCUCAAGUUGGGAAUACUAUUUGUUGAGUCACCUCGUUGCAAAGAGAAACUGCAGAUUAAACUUAAACCCAAUAUGAGUAUUGGCAUGCGAGAUGAAAUAGACAUACAUGCUCAAAGGCAUGAAGUCCAAAGUUAUGGCAAUGAAGUCAACAGUUGGUUUAGUGAUGCUGUUGGUCAAUCUUGCACGUUGCUAAGAAAUUCUUGUGCCGUGAGUUACGCCUGCUCUAAGGGGAAUUCUAAUACAGGGAUUUGCAAAGAUGUUGAUGCCAAACUGAAUUUCGUCAACGAAGCCCAGCUCUUGCUGGUAUCUGAGGAAAGUGUAGCUGAUUUAAAUAACCGGUUAAGAUCAAGCACACAAAAAGGGUCUUAUGGAGAGAGGACUGAAGUAAGUACAAUGAGAUUCCGACCCAACCUUGUCAUAUCUGGCGGUGAACCAUAUGCAGAAGAUGGAUGGAAGAGUCUUGUGAUAGGAGGCGAAUAUUUCACGUCAUUUGGUGGCUGCAAUAGGUGCCAACUGAUCAACAUAUAUUUGCAAGGUGACAAGGUGCAAAGGUCGAACGAACCUUUGGCUACUUUAGCGGCGUAUAGGAGAGUUAAGGGGAAGAUACUAUUUGGGAUAUUGCUGAGAUAUGAGAAGAGUGUUGAUAAGGAUUCAGAUGCAUGGGUCCAUGUAGGAGAACAAAUAUUUCCAAAUGUCUAUUCACAUUGAAAAUCAAUAGCCUUUUUGCAUAUAUCAUCUAGUUUUUUCAUCACCGUGAAACUCAUCAGAAUUCAAUUCAAAAUGUACUAAAUCUUUUAACCUUCUGUUGCAUUUGCAAUAGCUUAUAUGAAACUUCAAUUCUCCAUUGUA